AUGCUCAACUACCUUUUGAUCGCCGCCUUUGGGGCCAUCGCCGUCCUUGGCCAGACCUCGUACGGGUCCGAACCCGAGCCGUUCAAAUACUGGGGCUGCGCUACAGUCGAUGCAGCGGGCUUCAGUGAACCCGUCCAGUUUCCUUCUGGCGUCUUGAGCCAUGAAUCCUGCCAGGCAGCUUGUGCAGGCCACAUCUUUGCUGCAGUGUCUCCUGAUGCUUGUCGUUGCGGAAACGACCCCGAUGCGAUCCAUGCUGUUGACGAGGGCUCCUGCAACCAUCCCUGCUUCGAGAAUCCCGACUCUCCUAUGUGCGGCGGGAUCUGCCCGGAGGGAAAGCCAAGAAUCUCUACCUUGUUCAUCAUUGAUACUGUAUUUCUACAGGACGAGGUUCUUCCCGAGCGAGUCAACCCAGAGAAUCCAGCAGUUCCGGCCAACAACACUCCUGUACCCCCGUUAAUGGAGCAAUCCGCUGCGUCGAGCGCCCUCGCGGAGGAGGUCUCUGAGACAGAGAUAUCACCUCCCGAGAUUGGGGUGUCACAGGUACUUCCUCCGCCAACUGAUGCUCCCCUACCCCCUCCGGAGACGUCAGCCCCUGCGCCUCCAUCGGCUUCAACACCUGGUGAAUCCCUGCCCAGCACUUCAGUGAGCGAGCCAGAGUCAACUAUUCCAGUGCCGCCUACCAUUCUCCUCUCGACCAGCACCUCGCCUCAGGAAAACCCUCCUGCAACAUCCGCCUCGGAUAUAUCCAGCUCGACUUUGGCCACCGAUAUUCCACCCGACUCUUCCGUGGAGUCCGUCACUAGCGAGACCCUUCUGACAGAAACUCUUCCUGAGCCUAUUCCCUCGAUUACGCCAAACAGAAAUGACGGACCUGUGCCUUCCCAGGUCCUUGUGUCCGAGUCGAGCCAGUUCGAGGUCCCGGUCCUUACGGCACUGGGCGAGCUGCUCCUGAUUGCUGUUAUGAUUGCAUAA